AGGUGAAGCGGGCGUCGCUGGAGGACGGGCAGCUGGCCCACGUCGCCGAUUCGAUGCUGAAGGAGGGCGCCGCCGCGGAGCGCCUGCUGGCCGACACGGAGCGGCAGGCGAAGAAGCAGGAGAGGGACGAGGAAAGGCAGCUCGCCCAGCUGGACAAGCAGAUCAGGAGGAUGAAGGAGAGCGAGUUCGACGCCCAAGCCACCCUGGACUGGAAGUCCAAGGCGCGGAAGGCGGAGAACAUGGCGCGGGUGCGGGCGAGGGAGGAGGAGAAGAUGGAGGCCCACGAGAAGUGGCUGGCGCAGCAGGAGCUCCGGCAGGCCGCCAGGGCGGUCCAGGAGGAGAGGGAGCUGAAGAGGGCGUACCGGCAGCAGCGCAACGCGGCCGAGGCUGAGUUCACGUCGAAGCUCUGGACGCAGGCCGAUGAGCUCCGCAGCACCGCAGAGAAGUCGGCGACCCUUCUUCCGCGCGAGGAAGUCCUGAAGCUGCUCGACAUCCCCGACGACACCCUCACCGAGAUGAAGCACACGAUCAGCCGCAUGGCACACGACGCCGUGGUCUUCGACCGCCCCGCCUACAACGCCCAGUUCGCGGAGCGCCUGGAGGCCAUCCGCUUCAAGGUCGCUGGCGCCGCCGCGGCGAUGGAGGAGGCCGUCCAGCACAAGGCGCACGACUUCAUCAACAGUACGAACGCCACUGACGCGUACGACGACCAGCAGUACUUGAUGCGGCUCGCGUGGUUCCUGAACGACAUGAAGGACGAGGUUAGGGCGCUCCACGACAAGACCACGGGCGUCGGCAAGCGCAUCCAGAGCUGGGACAUCAGGAAUCCCGAGAAGAUGUCGCUGACCAUGUCUCUGGCCCUCGACGGAGUGACGGACAACAUCGAGUUCAGGAACAAGUUCCUCCGAAUCGACACCGCCAAGCUGGCGUACUCGAACACGACACAGGCCUGCGACGCCCUGGCUUACAUGUUCGCCUCGAACAUACACCCGGCGUACGAGAGCCUGGCGCACAUGAAAGACGUCCUUGACAACAUGAGUCUGGUGGUGAACAGCGUGUUCCACGACGACCCCCCAAAUGUCGCGGCGACGAUGACGAACAGCACGCACGCCCUGCUGAACAUGGCGUACGCGCAGAACCUCGCCUACAAGAACACCGCCCAGAUGCUGAUGUCGGAGCUGGUGCCGUCCGUCAUGGACCGGUUUCACUGCGAGUCGAGCGGCAGCUCCGCUUCGAGCGCCAGCCUCGCCCUUGCCGUGCUCGCCGCGGUCGCGGGCUGGGUCUCCCUCUGAAGGGCAUGUGGACCAUCGCGCGGGCCGUGGACGCGCAAGAGCUGAAGACGCGGGAGAGCUGAGCGGAUGUGGGUGGAUCCGGCAGCCCCCCGGCAUCAUGAAUGGGCACGUGCCGAAUCCACCUUGUGCGUUCCACAUCAGUGGUUGUACCCAGGCUCGCUCAGGCUCGAGCCUUAGCACCUUCUCGAGCUCAUCCAGGCCGGUUGGUGCAAUGUGCACUUUCUGCUGCGAGCCGCUCCCAACAUCCAUCGCUGUUGCCCCCGUUCCAGGAUGGCACGAACCUUGUCAGAGUGUAGAUUUCUGGCGCGUCGUCAAAAUAGUAGAUCCCUGCGUUAUCACCCAAUCGUAUCCAUCCAUGGUCUUCUCUUCGUUCCCC